AUGUAAACCAACUUGGUCCCCAUGUUCUCUAGCUAUCACUAGCUAUCGCUUGCAAAGUGUCUUGUUUUGUGGCAUCUAAAUAUUGUGUGUGUGUUGAAAUUAUUUAACUUAUCUAUCAGGAAAACUAUAAAUAGUUACAGCAAAGAUAAGUUUCAAAAUGGCAUUACGUACCUAUGGAGACAAACCGAUAAGUUUUCAAGUAGAAGAAAAUGGGGAAUACUACUGCAUUGGAUCGGAAGUGGGCAAUUAUCUACGUCUUUUUCGUGGAUCUUUGUACAAACGAUAUCCUGGCAUGUUUAGGAGGUCUAUAACUAACGAUGAACGUAAAAAAUUAGUGGAACUUGGAUUGAGUCAACAUGUUCUGGCAUCUAGUGUCUCAUUGUUGAGAGCUAGUGAAGUGGAGGAUAUUAUUGAGGGCAAUGAUGAAAAGUACAAAGCUGUAUCUGUGCAUUCAACCGAACCACCAGCACCAAGAGAGGGUAAAACCAAGAAGUCGAUGGCCUGGGUGCCCAGUUUGCCAAACAGUUCACAUCUUGAUGCAGUUCCUCAAGCUACGCCAAUAAAUCGUAACAGAGUACAUAAUAAAAAAGUUAGAACAUUUCCAUUAUGUUUUGACGAUACAGAUCCAUCAGCAAAUUUAGAAAAUGCAGCGCAACAAGAAAUGCUUGUUCCAAUUCGUUUGGAUAUGGAAAUUGAAGGCCAGAAGUUAAGGGACACUUUCACUUGGAAUAAAAAUGAAAGUCUCAUAACACCGGAACAGUUCGCUGAAGUGUUGUGUGAUGAUUUAGAUUUAAAUCCUUUAACAUUUGUUCCUGCAAUUGCACAAGCAAUAAGACAGCAAAUAGAAGCAUUCCCUCAGGAGACAAUUCUGGAAGAUCAAUGCGAUCAGCGAGUGAUAAUUAAGUUAAAUAUACACGUGGGCAACACAUCUCUAGUAGAUCAAGUAGAAUGGGAUAUGUCUGAGAAAGAAAAUAAUCCUGAGAAGUUUGCAAUGAAACUUUGCGCAGAGCUCGGUCUUGGUGGAGAAUUUGUUACCGCUAUUGCUUAUAGUGUACGUGGACAAUUGUCAUGGCAUCAAAGGACAUACGCGUUUUCCGAAGCGCCGCUACCAACUGUCGAAGUUCCCUUCAGACCUCCGUCAGAGGCAGAUCAAUGGGCACCGUUUUUGGAAACUUUAACGGACGCGGAGAUGGAAAAGAAGAUACGCGAUCAAGACCGAAAUACUCGACGUAUGCGACGUUUAGCAAACACAACACCUGGUUGGUAGACAGUGUGUAAGAAAAAAGGACAAUAUCAUACAAUUUACAUUUUUUAAUCAAUAUCAUCAACAUCUUAAUUAUUAGCGUUCUAGUAUUUAUAAGAUUUAUAAAUUAUAUAAUUUUUAUUUCGAUACCGCCCACUCUGUAGAAUAUAAAAUAUGAGGAAAUGACAAUUUAUAAAAGUAAUAGAUAUGUGGCUGUAUUUACAAAAACAUAACUGAGUUAUAAUCAAUCACUAUUUGCGAACCAUUUCUGUACUUUUAGUUUUUUUUU